AUGGCGCAUCGACUCGUCAAAGCGGGCGUGCGUCUCGCCGCGGUGAUCCUGGUCCUCACCACCAUCUACGGGCUGAACUAUCAGUAUAACUCGAUGCAGUACCGCCAGCAACAAUUCCGCACUGCUUUCUCGUUGGAUGAGGGCGAAUUCGGCGGCAGGCCUGAGAAAGCGCCUGUCCGCCCGGGUGCGGCGAGUGCGCAGUCGACGGGGUUUGUGCGGUCGAGUCGGCCGAGCAUAAAGGACCUGCUCCCUGCGCAGAAGCCCGCGCCGCUGCAGUGGUCGCUGGAUGAGAAGUUCCGGCGAGAUGGGGUGAUUGUGGUCGGGAAGCUGAAGAGUGAGGAUACGAGUUGGCUGCUUAGGGAUUUGCCAGAAUGGCAACACGUGGUCUACACCGUCGAUGACCCCGACGCGAAACCCAAAGUGGCCAAGAAUAAAGGCCACGAGGCCAAUGUGUAUCUGCAGUAUAUCAUCGACAACUACCACAAACUGCCCGAGACCGUGGUCUUCCUCCACAGCCACCUGCGCGCCUGGCACAACGAAUUCGUCGACCAAAGCAAUGUGGAAUCGGUCAGGAUGAUGAACGUGGAUGUCGUCCGGCGCAACGGCUAUGUCAACCUCCGCUGCAACUGGUAUCCCGGCUGCCCAGACGAGGUGCGGCCGUUCCGCGAGCCCCGGGACGAGGGACGCCAGCCCGAGCACGCGUUUCCGGAAGCCUGGAACUACUUCUUCAAUGGGACCGAUGUGCCUGAGGUGAUUGCGGCCCCAUGCUGCGCUCAGUUCGCCGUGUCAAGGAAACAGAUUCGGGAGCGGGAGUUGGAUGACUAUGUGCGCUAUCACCAGUGGGUCAUGGAGACGGAGUGGCCGGAUGAGACUAGUGGCAGGGUCAUGGAGUAUAUGUGGCAUAUAAUCUUCGGGCAGGAUCCCGUCUAUUGCCCCGACAUGGGCGAAUGCUACGGCAAUGUCUAUGGGUUAUGGAACCCGGUCGACAACAUGUGGGAUCCGAUCUUCGAGCUCGAUUGGUGA